AUGCCUGAUAUCUUACACGACUCCAACUUCACCGAAGGAGCCAGUUUCGACAGUGGCACCACGAAUGCCGCAUCUCCCGCGUCGGAUGACCCGAAUAACGACCCGGCGGAGAGCCUUAUUAGCGAAGGCAGCCGCGACAAGAAGGCCGCAUCCGCUCCCACAGAGACACAUAGCAUUAGGAAGAGAGACUCCGCUGGCGCAAUCCAGCAGUUUCUUCUCGAUGUUCUUCUCAUAAUCCCGUCCCUAUGCUUCAUCAUUUACGGCAUGAUGGCUCUCAAACACAACAACUGGCCGAUCGACGCGGGAAUGGUUCCAACCUUACGUAUGGCCGCGACGUACAGCCCGACUGUCUUCCCCAUCGUUUUUGCCGCUGUUGCCGCCAAUCUGCUCAAGUCUGCGGCCGGUUGGAAGAUGGAACGUGGCGUCUCGAUUCUCAGUCUAGAGUACCUCCUCAGCUGCCGCACAGUCUCCAGUGCGGUUACAACGCCGCUUUCUCUACGACGUGUGAACAUCCUGUCACCACUCCUCAUAGCACUCUGGGCUAUGUCUCCUCUCGGAGGACAAGCAGCUCUACGUAUCAUCGAUGUGGUACCGUCUCAAGCAUCAGAACCGUACCCGUUUGAGAACCUUGAGUUCAUGUCCGUGUUUCCACACUCAGGAGCCCAGAGUUCGGCCGGUUUCAGCACAAUGCCCUCCAUUCAAGGAGCCUUUAUCUCGGCCUUGUCUUUCCCCGAGGACAUCAAAACAAGACCUCGAGAUGCCUUCGGCAACGUCAAGAUCCCCAUGCUCGAAUAUUAUCCGCCAACAGCGGCAGCCGAUGCCUACGGCUGGUACGAUGUCAGCCUCGACGGUGCCGAUACGACUUGGUCAGCGAUUAUGGGAAUUCCCAUUGCGACUCAAGGUGGCUUCUCCCAGGGACAUAACUACUCUUUCACCUUUGAGACGGCCUAUAUGAAUGCAGACUGUUCAGUCCAGCGUGGAGCAUCAAUGUCCCUUGUAGGCUGGUUCGCAUACAAGAACAAAACACUUGGGCGAGAAGCAGCCUACACUACCGGCAGGACUUUACUCAUUAAAUCCGACGGAUUCCACGGCCUCUUUAGCAAGGAACCUAGAAAGUUGAUAUUCACUUCCUACUAUCCCCAAGACAGCAUAACGACUAAUGCUACAUGUACACUUACAACGACGCAUGCCAAAGUCGACGUGGCUUGUACUGGAGAUCUCUGUGGCGCCCGUCGUGUUAGACGGAUUGAGAAGCCAGACAAUAUGACAGUUACGACAGUAUUGGAUGGUGCCAUUGCGGAAGGAUCCCAGAAAAUGGCACCGGCAGGAGUUUUUGACUUAUUCAUGACAACGUUCAUGCGAGUCACCUUGACAACAUGGGAGGCGGAGAAUGGCGCAUGGUACAAACCAUACCCUUCACCUUUGGAAACCUACUUCACCCACCCGGCCGCCCCUUUUUCCGCACCGGGCAUCGGCUCUUACAAUGGAACUGAUAUUUACGAGGUAGGAGAUGCAGUAUUUUCACAGCGAUUCUCCCAGCUGCUCAACACCUUCUGGCUUGCCUCCGUGGCGUCACGCAACAUCACCGGCGACUUCAACUUCCAGGUACAUACCCUCAACCGGGAAAUCGAAAACACGAUUGUUCAGAAUACCACGGGUAUGAGAACACCGGAUGAGUUAGUAGUGCGUGUCAGCGGACUCUGGAUUUCAAUUCUAUUCAUCGCAUCGACAGUUAUGCUGGCUUCGGGUGUUGCAGCUAGCAUCUUCAGUUGUCUCAGACGAGGACCUGACGUACUGGAUCGAGCCACGUACUUCUUGAGAGAUAGCCCGCACGUGAACAUAGCCCAACAGAGCUCACUGGAGGAUGGUACCAGUCAGGUCAAAAGGAUCAAAGGAGUGCGAGUUUGCAUCGGCGAUGUCAGACCUUCGGAGGAAACUGGGUAUGUCGCAUUUGGAACGGUUGGAGAAGCCAUGCCCUUGAGGUGGCAGGAAAAGGAAAGGCGUUACGCUUGA